CUGGCCAAGCCACAGUCCAAAUGCCUAUCAUGCUACCAACUCCAAAUCUUGAUCAUUUAACCGCGGACGACUAUGAACAUGUUUAUGAACCAUCAGAGGAUACAUUUCUCUUCCUUGAUGCUCUUGAGAAAGAAGCAGAAUUUAUUAAGAACAGAGUAAAGCCUACGAUAUGUCUGGAAAUUGGAUCAGGAAGUGGAUGUAUCUCGACAUUUCUUGCCCAGCUAAUUGGCGAUGGAUAUGCUUACAUCAACCCAUAUGCAUCAACUAUUACUUAUAGAACUGGUAUGAAGAAUAACGUGCUUUUAGACCCAAUAACUACCGACCUGAUGGCUGGGUUACUGCCUCGUCUCAAUCACAAUGUCGAUAUCAUAUGCUUCAACCCGCCUUAUGUUGUCACUCAAUCCGAAGAUGUCAAUUCACCAGAUAUGUUGGAAAGGGCAUGGGCAGGGGGAAUCGAUGGAAAAGAAGUGAUUGAUAGAACAUUACCAUUGAUAGCUGAAUCACUAUCUUCCAAUGGAAUAUGUUAUCUUCUUAGUGUAACAGAUAACAGACCUAACGAAAUCAGACAGACAAUGCUCCACGAGCAUGGACUCUCCUCAGAGGUUGUAUUGUCACGUUUGACCGGAAGAGAGAAACCUUCAAUACUCAAGUUCUGGAGAGAUCCAACAAUAUGA